AUGCGGCGUGCCUGGGCAGCUUUGGUGAGCGCGUGGCUUCUCCUGCUGCCAGCUCUGCAUGUCGGCUUUGCUGUGGUCGAGCUGCCACGGCGGCUUCUGAUCUCUGCCGCUGUAGCUGCUGCUCCGCGCCCUGCCACCAAGGACGAGCUGUUCGAAAUCGCUGGUGCUUUUGCUAAGCUGGCAAGUGAUCCAAGAAUACCGAAUGCAGCUUCAGUUUAUGAGGAGGCAGAGGCGACUCUGGGGAAUGCAAUUCAGAAAUGGGAAAGUGGAGCCAUCACAGCUCCUGCCAUAGUGGAGGAAAAGGCGAGGCUGCGACUUGGUCGUGCCCGUGCCCGCAUCGCUUUGAAUGAUAUGGUGGGUGGCACGCUUCCAGAAAAGGCAGCCGGCGCGGUGGAGGAUUUUGAUGUGGCCAUCAGCAUUAUGGAAGAAGACCUGCGGCAGAACCCAGACAAGCUCAUGUACAGUGAAUAUCCGGAUGCUCUGGUCAAGAGAGGGCUGGCCAAGGAGGAGCUCAAAAACUGGGAGGGGGCAGCCAAAGACUACACCAAGGCCAUUGAUGCCUUGCGACCCAAAGAUGGUCGGGCCGAUAAGGCGCUGAGAGGCGACGCGACCAUUCAGGAGGGCGAUGGCCUCGGCAUGAAUCCCUUGAUUCUGAAUUUUCGUGGGAAUGCCCUGAGUCAGCUGGGCAGAUACGAUGAGGCAGUGGAGGAUUAUCGCGAGGCCACUCAAAUCUUUGACAACGAUGGGGAAGUGCGGCAGGCCUCCUUCUCCCGUGCCAAUGAGGCCUUGGCCUUGUUCGGUGCCGGUCGAGAUCGGGAGGGCGAGAAGAUGAUGCAGGUAGUUGUGAGGAACGACCCUGGGGUUACGGAUGCGCAUGUCGCACUGGCAGCUACCUAUUGGUCGCAAAAGAAGAUUGCGGAAGCUGAAUCCCAGUGGAAAUUUGCUUGUGAGAACAUUGACACCGGGUGCCAAUCCUACAAGGAUUUGAAGUGGGUUGCGGAGAUCCGUCGCUGGCCCCCUUCCCUUGUGGCCUCUCUGAGAAGCUUCCUCCAGGCCAAGCCCAGCUAG